CUUCGAAUGUUGGUUUCUUAGUAGCACCCAUGAUAAGUUUGCUAUCAAAGCUGAUUUGGUAUGAGAAUUGAGCCGUAUCACAACAGCGGAAGUUAGCAGUGAGAAAGAUGCUUACAUGCUAUCUACGUCUUCGUGUAGUGCUGAUAUUCAGCGCGGUACUCUGUUGUUGGCUCGGUCUUUGAGUCUUCCAAAGGGAUUAGUGCCGGCAUCCAUGCCGGCAAGUCCAUCCAUGAUUCCCGGCCGUCGAGGUUUCAACAGUCCCGAAUGCCAUGAUGGAAGCUCCUGACACGUACAUAAGGUCCACGACAAUGUCCAGAUCAUCUUCGCAUCCAAAUCAUCCAUCCAAAUCAUUCAUCCAAACCAUGUCAUCAUCAACGACCAAUGCAACACUUAGUGGCAAGGUGGCGCUCGUGACAGGAUCCGGUCGGGGCAUCGGUGCUGGCAUUGCUCGCGAGCUAGGAGCCAGAGGGGCUUCGGUUGUGGUGAACUAUCGAGGCAGCGCAGCCGCAGCUAAUGCUUUGGCCGAGGAAAUCACCGCCGCCGGCAGCAGCGCCGUCGCUAUUCAAGCUGACAUUUCGAACAUCGACGAGAUCAAAACCCUGUUCGAGAAGGCCAAGGAACACUACCAUAAGAUCGACAUUGUUGUUUCGAAUUCCGGCGUUGAGCAUUUCGGUGCCCUCGCCGAUGUCAAACCCGAGGAUUUCGACAAAGUCUUCAACAUCAACACCCGUGGCCAGUUUUUCGUCGCUCAGCAGGCGUACCAGCAUCUAUCCAAUGGCGGUCGCUUGAUUCUCAUGUCGUCCAUCUCGGCCCACAAUGCCAUUCGCGAACACGCCGUCUAUGCCGGCAGCAAGUGUGCAGUGGAGGCCUUUGCUCGGUGCUUCUCCCAAGAAUUUGGGGCGCGACGUAUCACGGUGAACUCGAUCGCUCCUGGUGGAGUCAAGACGGACAUGGCGGCCGACGUUGGUUACAAGUACUUGCCGAUGGCUGAUGCAUCGUGGACUUGGGAGCAGAUUGAGGGGAUUGUGGCAAAGAGGACCCCUAUGGGGCGUAUAGCCGACCCCAUCGACAUCGCGCGCGUCGUGUCGUUCCUCGCCAGCGAAGAUGCUGGUUGGGUGAACGGCCAAAACAUUACGAUUUCUGGAGGAGCAUCAGGUUGAACAUCAACGUUGUCAAUCUCGGCCUCAUUGAGCGGGUG